AUGGAGCAGCAGGGACGGCCCAGCGAGACCUUCGUUGUGGAGGACUUGCUAGACUUCUCCCUUGAGGACUGUGGCUGCGAGGAGGCGCCAGUGAGCUCGGCGGAGGACUCCGCCAUCAUCUCCCUCGGUGGGAGCUUCAACUCCCCCCAUGGCGGCGAAACUUACUUCUCUGAGGAACUCGCCUGCAGUCGCUUCGCGGAUGCCGGCCUCUCCGGAGAAGACUUAUGCCCGCCGGUUUGUUUCUCCUCCUGGAUUUCAGACACCACGGAUUUCAUCAGAGAUUUCUCCUUUUCCCGGAGAGGUUGAUCUCAAAGAUUAUACGUUUUUGGCGGGCUUCUGAAUUGGAUUCCUUGUUCGAUCGACAGUGCGACGAGCUCGCAGAGUUGGAGUGGCUGUCAAAUUUCGUUGAGGAAUCCUUCCACACCGAUGACCUGCAGAGGCUCCAGCUGACAUCCCCAUUCAACCCGUCAUCCUCGUCCUCGGGGCAAUCAGGUGUCGCCGCAGUCUUCUACAACUUCCGCGUGCCGGGAAAAGCGAGGACCAAGCGCCGCCGCCUUCCGCCGCUGUCCAGCUGGUCCUCCUACCGCCCGGUCAUUUCCCCGAAUGCUUCUUCCUCAUCGCCGCCCUAUGAGACCAGCUCGCCGGCCAGCUCUAGUUCCACGGCGAGAAAGGCGCCGACGGCGAAGAGGAAGAUGGAGCAGUACGUGCCGGAGGGGCAGAAGUGCCUCCAUUGCGCCGCCACCAAGACCCCACAAUGGCGGGCGGGACCCAUGGGCCCGAAGACGCUAUGCAACGCCUGCGGCGUGAGGUACAAGUCUGGGAAGCUCGCGCCGGAGUACCGGCCGGUGGCGAGCCCCACUUUCCUACCGUCGCAGCAUUCUAAUUCCCACCGGAAGGUUUUGGAGCUGCGCCAGCGGAAGGGGUUGACGGCCGCCAGUCUCUCGCCGGAAUUCUGA